UUUUUACACCACCUUUGGGGAGUAAAAGGAACUUAAGAAAUUUGGGGCAAAUUUUAUAUUAUUCUCAGAGUAUUUUGUUGUUGUUGUUUUUUUUUUAAUCUGAAGCUUUUACAUUUAGCCCGAAUAAGAGUGUAUCAGGGCCAGAGAGAUAAUAAUGCUGUAAGGGCACUUGCCUUGCACAUGAAGCACCUGGGUUCAAUCCCUGGCACCCCAUGUGGUCCCCGGAGCCCACCGCGAGUGAUUGCCUAGUGCAGAGCCAGGAGUAACCCAGACCACCUCCAGGUGUGGCCCCCAAACGAAAUAUAGAUGUUGCAUUGCAUUUGUUGCCAAAGAAUAGCAUGUUAUUUACUUAAGGGUCAAAGUUGGGGGACUAUCUUUUUUCCCUUUUGAUUUUUGGGCUGCACCGGGUGGUCAGGAGCUGCACUUAGCUUGGUGCUUGUGGUCCAUGGGGUGCUGGGGAUUAAACCCAAAGGCUCACAUGCUGGUCAGGUGCUUUGCAGCUGAGUUCAUGUCCCUCAGCCUUGUUCUUCAGACCCUUAGGUGAUGUUACUUCAUGAAUAUAUGUUCAGUUACUCAAAGAGUCUUUUCUUUCCAAGUUGGGUGAAGUUUGGAUUGCCACUCUUUUGAAGGUAAUGCCAUAAACAGCAAAGGUUAUGUUAAUGCAUCUGUAAUAUUUACUCAAGGUGAGAUUUUGGUUUGUGCAUGUAAGAAACAAUGAUUGUUAAUGUCUGUGAAUCGUGAAGGAUUUUAAAUGUUUCUGGGUUUAAUCAGCCGUGUUCUAGAUUUUAGAUUCUGGAUUGUUUCAGCUGGUGUUCAAAGUGGGAAGAUGGAAUUAGGAGUUUGACAGAGGUCUUUUAAAAGUGGCUCUUUUUUGCUUUUAUGUUCCAAGAGAACUAGUUUAAAAAUUUGAAUUUCUGUUAGAAUCGCUGUAGGUACCUGUUUCUGAAGGCUGAGGGGUGCAUGUUCCCGUCUCCCUGAGUGUGUUUGGUUACGAGUAGGCUGUACUCUGCGUUGUUUUGCCAUUUUAUGAUAAUUGUUUUAUAGUUGGUAUCUUUAUGAAGAGAAGGAAAGCAUUUAUUUGGAGCCUAUUUAUGUAUUUUUGCAUGCUCUCAUGGUCUUCUAAACCUGUUUUCUUUACAAAUGGCUUUUUUUUUCUAUUGAGGUAAAAUAGUUUUAUUUAAAGAAAUUCACUUAGAGAAAUGGAAAGGGGAGAAAGAGAGAAAUGCAUAUUCAAGAGAGAACAUGUCUUCUCCAGAGGGGAAAAAGGCCAAGAGUGCACAUCUCAGGUUAAGAUAUGGGGUAAUCUCCCUCAUGGAGAAUUAUCCUGCAGAUGGCCAGUCCUCAACUGAUAUUUCUAAAAUUAAAAAUGGAUAAUCUUUUAAUUUAGGUACUACUACUUAUUAAUAAAGACUCAGAUAAAUUCAGUCUUCACAUCUAUUUAUUAAAUAGAAUUCUCAAUUUAGUUUUAUUUGUAAUUUUAUUUGCAAAGCAAAAAUGUUUUAACUGUAGUUUUGAAUUUGAACGAGUAAGUGGUAUAUAAUUGCUUUUUCCAUUAAUUAUAGAGUCUUUGGAUGACAAGAGACCUUGAAAAGACCUCUAGUGUAUCCUGCAACUUCAGUCAGUACCCCACUUUAAUCAUCCCAGGAUUUGAGACUGUAUAUGUGUCAUGUGAUGAGAUCUCAGUAGCAGUUAAAUCCUGGAAGACAUCAGCCCUGUUGGACAGAAUGGGGAUUUGCUAGGUUUUGAGUUGUAAGAGUACUCAGAUAUGAUUCACUGUGGGACUGUGUCUGUAUGGGAGAGAGGCAGAAACGGAGACAGAGAGAUUUUGGACCACACCCAGCUGUGCGCAGGGCUCACUCCUGGCAGGCCCAGGUUGAAGGAGCGGCCUCUCGCCUGAGACAUGGAUAGAUGCAAACAUGUGGGGCGCUUGCGGCUGGCGCAGGACCACUCCAUCCUGAACCCGCAGAAGUGGCGCUGCCGCGACUGCGCCACCACCGAGUCGGCCUGGGCCUGCCUCAAGUGCUCGCACGUGGCGUGCGGCCGCUACAUGGAGGACCACGCGCUCGAGCACUUCCGGGAGACGGGCCACCCGCUGGCCAUGGAGGUGCGGGACCUCUACGUGUUCUGCUACCUGUGCGAGGACUACGUGCUCAACGACAACCCCGAGGGGGACCUGAAGCUGCUGCGCAGUGCGCUGCUGGCCGUGCGGGGCCCCAAGCAGGAGCCGCCGGUGCGGCGCGGCCCCACGCUGCGCUCCAUGGCGGCGGGCGAGGACGCGGCGGCGCCCCCGCAGCGCGCGCCGCCGGCCCAGCCGCAGAUGCUCACGGCGCUGUGGCACCGGCGCCAGCGCCUGCUGGCCAGGACGCUGCGCCUGUGGUUCCAGCGCAGCUCGCGGGGCCGCGCGCGGCUGGAGCAGCAGCGGCGGCAGGAGGCGCUGGAGCGCAAGAAGGAGGCGGCGCGGCAGCGGCGGCGCGAGGUCAAGCGGCGGCUGCUGGAGGAGCUGGCCAGCGCGCCCCCGCGCAAGAGCGCGCGCCUGCUGCUGCACGCGCCCCGCGCGCACGCGCCGCGCGCCCCCGCCGGCCGCGCCGCGCGCCGCGCGCCCGCCGUGGCCCCCGGCGUCACGGGCCUGCGCAACCUGGGCAACACCUGCUACAUGAACUCCAUCCUCCAGGUGCUCAGCCACCUGCAGAAGUUCCGGGAGUGCUUCCUGAACCUCGACCCCUGCAAGACGGAGCAGCUGCUCUCCAGAGCCGCCAACGGGAAGGCCCCGCUGCCCGGGCUGGCGCCCAGGAGCGACGGGGCCCGGGCCCAGGCGUGGGGGGCUGAGGGCCUCUGCCGGAGCGGGGCGGGCGCCUCCCUGGGCAGGAGCCUCGAGCUCAUCCAGAACAAGGAGCCCCGCUCCAAGCACAUCUCCCUCUGCCACGAGCUGCACACCCUCUUCCGGGUCAUGUGGUCCGGGAAGUGGGCGCUGGUGUCGCCCUUCGCCAUGCUCCACUCGGUGUGGAGCCUGAUCCCCGCCUUCCGCGGCUGCGACCAGCAGGACGCGCAGGAGUUUCUCUGCGAGCUGCUGCACAAAGUGCAGCAGGAGCUGGAGGCCGAGGGCACCAGGCGCCGCAUCCUCAUCCCGCUCUCCCAGAGGAAGCUCACCAAGCAGGUCUUAAAGGUAGUGAACACCAUAUUUCACGGGCAGCUCCGCAGUCAGGUUACGUGUGUAUCAUGCAAUUAUAAAUCCAAUACCAUUGAGCCCUUUUGGGAUUUGUCCCUGGAAUUCCCCGAACGCUAUCACUGCAUAGAAAAGGGGUUUGUCCCUUUGAAUCAGACGGAGUGCCUGCUCACUGAGAUGCUGGCCAAGUUCACGGAGACAGAGGCCCUGGAAGGGAGAAUCUAUGCCUGUGACCAGUGUAACAGCAAACGACGAAAAUCCAAUCCCAAACCCCUUGUUCUGAGUGAAGCUAGAAAACAGUUAAUGAUCUACAGACUACCUCAGGUCCUCCGGCUGCACCUUAAGAGAUUCAGGUGGUCUGGCCGUAAUCAUCGCGAGAAGAUUGGGGUCCAUGUCGUCUUUGAGCAGGUAUUAACCAUGGAACCUUACUGCUGCAGGGACAUGCUCUCCUCUCUUGACAAAGAGACCUUUGCCUAUGACCUCUCCGCAGUGGUCAUGCAUCACGGGAAAGGGUUUGGCUCAGGACACUACACAGCCUAUUGCUACAACACAGAGGGAGGUUUUUGGGUCCACUGCAAUGACUCAAAGCUGAAUGUAUGCAGUGUCGAGGAAGUGUGCAAAACUCAAGCCUACAUCCUUUUUUACACUCAAAGAACAGUUCAGGGCCAUCCGAGAAUCUCAGAAACCCAACUCCAAGCUCAGGUGCAGUCCAGCAGCAGAGAUGUGGGCAGACCACGGACAUUCCCCUGAAGGGGCGGUGCUCAUCAAGGACUGGCUUGCUUUUAAACUCUCGGUGUCUAUUUUCUUUCCUCUUACAAGAAAUAAGGUUUACUGCAGUAACAAAUUACUAGGUUUACCUCACUGGGUAUCGAGCAGGUGUCAGGGGACCGUGUCCGAUCAUAAAGUUUACAGUCACUUUCUUUUGAAUGGAUUUGGAAAUUUCCCUCCGCCGGUGAAACAAAUAGGAGUAACUUCUAGGGGCUGAAGAGAUAGUAAAGGGGUUAAGGCACUUGUCUUGUAUGCAGCUGUGGUUCGGUCUGUGGCACCACCAGGUGUGAUCCCCCUAAACCUUCCCCCCAAAACUUGAAGGAGUAACUGCUAUGGAAAUUAUUUCAUCAGUUGCUUCUUAAUAGAAGACGAUGUGGGUGGAGCAAAGAGGGAAGGGCAAAGGGGGUCUCAAGCCAGCGGGCGAGCCACUGUGUGUGAUACCCUGCUAAUCAGAACCCCGGAGCAGCAUGAGAAGACCGUGCCCUCCUAAUCUGAGCUGCCUGGACAGUGAGGAGGGCCUGGGCCAGCAGCUUGCAGAUGGGAUCCAAGGUACCAGGUGUAGUCUAAGAAUGUGUCCUGCAAGGGAAGGAACCAUCCCGGCAAGGGUUGGAAGCUUGUGGGUGGCCUUUUCAGCUGGGCAUGGCAGUUGUAGAGAAAGAUGCAUGACCCUUUUUCCGUUCAGGGUCGACAAGGGCCACAUGUCCACUGCUGUACGAGGAGCCUAGGGUCCUAGGCAGCAGGUGCUGCUUCAGAUGUCGGACAGCCAGGUCUGGUUAGGAAGGCCAGUGGUCUUGUCACUCUCCCAGAUGACCCUGCAGUGGCGGGCAGGGGUGCACACCCACAAGACGUCACCCCUCCCUGCCUCGCUGUGGCAUGCAGUUGCUUACCCUGAAACUUCCUUCUUGCUCCUGGAGCCUGAACUAUUCUUAUUCACCAGAUUUGGGAGUUUUUGUUUUUCUGGGCCAUGAGAGUUGCUUGGGAAUCUGCCCCCAGGGUGGCCAGACAGUUUAUUCCCAAAUCUGACAGUUCCUUCCCUUUAUUGACCCACCCACCCUCAGUCCAUCCCCAAGACAAGCAGGGGGACCUUGAGCUUGACUCCAGUGCAAAAAAGGUGCGUCUUUGUACCCUGGGUCCCUUUCCAACUGGAAUGAUGGUGCUCACAUAGGAACAUUUGUCUCCCUGGAAUUUCCCUUCUCCAUCUUAAUCCUUCCCCUAGACGCACUGGUAUUCCUAAAUGCAAACUUCAUGGGACCGCCUCAGUCGGUCACCAGGAAUGCUCAUCUUUUGACUGAGCACCCUGGAUUAGCAUUUCAAUUCAGGUAGAAGGACAGUUUUCACUGUAAGGGGGUAGCGUGGGAGUUUGGGGGAGGAGUGAGAAGAGAGAAGCUAGUGGGCAAAGGCAGAGCCUUAGCGGUGUGGUUGGGCCCCAUUUCCCGAGCAGCUCUGCAGCACCAGAGCUGGCCUCAGGGGACAGGCAAGACACCACUGGGACAGGGAGGAAAUUCAGACAGAAAAUGGCUCUCACCAGAGGAAAGAGGGAGUGACAAUAUUUUAAAUUAAACUUGCUUUUUCCAACACUGUGAGGUUUCUGUAAUAUUUAGCUUUUAUUUGGAAGCGAUAGCGUAUGGCAUUUUUUAUGCUGUUAGGUUUAUAUUGUCUGCUGCAGGCAUCUUUGUACAAACUCGGCCCAGCCUCAUCCUGUCCUGGACACUGUUUUAAAGUGUCACAGCUGUCCCACUGCCAGAGGCUCUGGUGGGAACUUGACUCUGAAUGCACAUGUUGAAGGCAGCAUGUUUGCUGAUGGCUUUGUGGCAAAAGAAAAGUCCAUUAACUUAAAAAAAAAAAGAAGAGUGAGAAGGAAAAUAUAAAGUGUGCCUCCUUUCAUUGAAUACUAUUUAUAAUUCUAGAAAAAGACUUACCAGUGGAGAAGGAAUAAAGGCAUUAUUAUCAUCCCUUAGGCUGUCCAUGAGGAAAGAAAUUGUUUUAAAAAAUAUUAAUGGGAAAUGAAAAGACCUUCCAUUUUUAAUUAAUAAGCAUCUUAUACCAAAAAUGUUAAUGAUUGUUGAGCAGAUUAAGGACUUUAUAGAAUGUCUUUAACUCAGUGAGCACCCCCAUGUCAGAUUUGUAAACCGGUUCAGUUGGAGUAGAAACUGGCAUCAGGUCCUGGCGGGGCUACAGCCGUGAAGGUGCCCUGCAGCCCCUGACCUCGGGGGACCAAGGGCAGCAGCACGAGGUGCCACUGAGAACUUAGUAUUUAUGGAGAUUUUAUUGAAGAAAAGUUUCCUGCUGCAUAAGCCAGUGGCUGUUGUGAGGGAAAUUCCCUUUGCCUUUAAUUUAUUUGCAUAUUGAAAAUAGAUUAAUUUUCUGGUUGCAUCUUAUUUUAAAUUGAAGCAUCCUAGGAGAAGAAAAUAGUAACCAAGUAGAAGUAUCCUAGAUGCUACCGAAUGAAACCCAAGAUCUCCGAACCGGACCUUUGGGCCCCCUAGUUAGGAACACUGUGUUGUUGGCUGGCGUGUUUACUUUCCGCUCUAGCCAGCCAAAAUGAAUAUGUCCCGGCCUCAAAAAUGAUUUUUACCUCAACCUUGCUUGACCCUCUUACUUGUGGUUGCCUCUGAGAUGAGCAUCCAGCUCAUUUUAAAAAACAAAAUAAGAAAAGAAAAAUUGGGAAUGCCCUCAACAGCUAGGAAUGGCAGUUCUUCUUAAACCAUAGGCAGAGCACUUGCCAGCUUUGACCCAGCCCCGCUCAGGACGAGGAUGGGCAGUGCCACGCUGUAAAGAAUUUUGGGUGUCUCUUAAAUGUCAUGGCUAAAAUUGGAAACGGUAGAAGUGUUACUGUGUCCUAUGGACUCAAUAGCAGAGUUUAUUUUUCUUUUGGAUAGUAAGGCUUCUAGAGUCAAUGAUUGUAUGGUUCCCUACUCUGGCUUCGCCCGCACACCAUCCAGGGCAAGAACUGAUGAGGUGGGUGGGCUGGCAGUGGGGCACGGCCCUCAACGGGCCCCAUCAGUAGCCUGAGAGAAAUUGACAGUAGUAGCAGAAUGAAAA